GGGCAGCGCGAGCGCCGCGGCGGAGGCAGCUGACUGGAAUAGAUAAGAUGGCUGCUCUCGAGAAGCAUCCAGACCUCAGGCUCCAGCAGAUCAAUCCAUCAGACCCUUUGACCAGUCAGAAGAGUAAUUUCUUGGAGACUGACUGGAAAACACCCAUGUUGUCUGCGAAGUUCCAGAGUCGCAUCAGUCGCUGCUCCAGCGUGGCUGACAGCGGGGACGCGGGCAUUGGGACCUCCCGCUCAGACAGCACUGAAGACUUUUGCAACUCCAGUAACGGUUCCUCAUUCCAGCCCAUCAAAACCCAGGUGACCAUCCCAACAGCUCAUGUUAUGCCUUCUACACUGAGUGCUUCACCCUCCAAGCUCCGCUCAGCAGGUGAACAGAGCAGUUCACAGAGUACCUCAAAACCUGCUGUGCCAGGAUCAGCUUCGGGACUCAUGAGAAAUGGGGACUUCAGUGCUGGGAAGUCAUCUCAGGUGCCACCCGGAGAUCUUUUGCGUCUGUGCGGGGCUUCAGGGGAAAAUGGUUUGGAGCAGUCCUGGCACCCCGCUUCCAAGCAUCCUCUCUUGGCCUGUGAUCAGAAGUUCGACACCCCUGCCAUUGAGCAAACCUUUAAUCAGUCUCUCUUUCUGGAUAGUUUGUGCACUGACCCUCUGCACAGGUUCCAGAAGUUUAAUCUGAACGCUGGGACAACUGAGGCAGGGAAGGAUCAGUACAAAGUGCUGCCAGAGAGCAAGCAAGCAGCGGGGGCUAACGGGGUCUGCGAGGCCCACGGCGGAGCGUGGCCAAACGGGAACAGGCUGAUGCCAGCAGCACUCCAGGCCAACGGUGUCUUUUCAAAACCCACAACUCCCCCAUCUCGAGCAUGGAUGCAAGAAACCUGCACGCUGCACCCGCACGAGAGGGUCUGUGAACUCAGCGCUUGGAAACAACAGUUGGACAACGUGCGACUGCAAAUAGAGCAAAUGCAGUUACAAAAUGGAGCAGCCUGCCACCAUCCCUCAGUGUAUCCUGCUCCGGUGCCUUCAGCUGAUCCAACCCAGUGGAUCAAUAUCCUGAACUCCAAUGAAAACCUCCUGAAGGAGAAGGAGCUCCUCAUUGACAGGCAAAGACAGCACAUUUCCCAGCUGGAGCAGAAAGUUCGGGAAAGUGAACUGCAGGUUCACAGCGCCCUCCUUGGCUGCCCGGCGCCCCCAGCACCCUAUGGAGAUGUCUAUAUGUUGAGAUUGCAGGAGCUGCAACGUGAGAACACCUUUCUCCGAGCACAGUUCACAGAGAAGACGGAAUCUCUUGGUAAAGAAAAGAUUGAAUUGGAGAGAAAACUGGCUGCUGCAGAGGUGGAUGCAAAGCUGAUCCGGGAGACACUGAAAGAAACCAUGCAGAAACAUGUGGAGGAAUUAAAGAAACAAGAAGAAAGGGUAAAGGGAAGAGACAAGCACAUUAAUAACCUGAAAAAGAAAUGCCAGAAGGAAUCUGAGCAAAGCAAGGAGAGACAACAGAGAAUUGAGACCCUUGAGCGAUACCUGGCUGAUCUCCCAACUCUCGAGGACCACCAGAAACAGAGUCAGAAGCUGAAGGAAUCCGAACUGAAGAACACUGCUCUGCAGGAAACGGUGCUGGCGCUGGAAACACAGCUCGGAGAUACCCGCGCUGCCUUCAGGGAGCAAGAAAUGCAUCUAGAAACACAAAAACGCAAAGAACUGGAGCUUCUUUCCUCGGUGCGCAGCUUGCAGGACAAGGUGCAGCAGUCUGUAAAGAAUGCAGAGAGAGGCCCCCCUGCCCAUGAUGGAGAGAAACACAAAGCAGAAAAUGAUUCUCUGAAGAAAGAAUGCGAGUGCCUCAGGAAGAUUGCAGACAAACAGCAGAAGAAGAUGGAGCAAUUGUCCUUGCAAGUAAAGAAUCUGGAAGAACAAGUGGCUCAGGAAGAGGGGACAAGCCAAGCUCUGAAAGAGGAGGCGAUGAGGAGAGAAAACGCCCUGCAGCAGCUCCGCACUGCUGUGAAAGAGCUUUCCGUGCAGAACCAGGAUCUCAUCGAGAAGAACCUGACCCUUCAGGAGCGUCUGCGGCAGGCGGAGCUGACGCCGCCGCUCGCCGGGCAGGCGGCCCAGCUCGCCCAGGAGCUGCACGCAGAGCUGGCCACUUGUCUGCAGGAUUUGCAGUCUGUCUUCAGCAUAGUGACUCAGAGGGCUCAGGGCAAGGAUCCCAACCUUUCCCUGCUCCUGGGCAUUCGCUCUGUGCAGUACUCGGCUAAGGAGAAGGACGACUUGCUGAGCCCUGAUAUACUGGCAAAAAAACUGUUGGAGGUAAAACAGCUUCACAAAGAGGUGGAGGACUUAAGGACGGCAAUAUCUGACAGAUAUGCCCAGGACAUGGGGGACAACUGCAUCACCCAGUAAAGGACGAGCUCUCCCCAAAGUAAGGCAGGAAAUGAAGACUUGAAACCCUGGGGAGACCAGAGCUCCUACAAAUGACACUGAUUUGGCACUUUACCAUCUCAUUUCUUGGGUAUAAGACGUGUGGUUUCCCCA